CACGAGUUGGCGCGCGUUGGUUCGCCCAGACCUUCGUAACCUGGAACCAAGUGAAAGAUUGACACUCUCUGGACGCGCUUCUCGGCAAAGACCCGAGCACGCGACGAGCCACGCAUCCCGGCACUGCUCUGCCCCACGCCUUCACCCGACGACCGUGAUCAUGGCCGAGGUGGAAACGACGUCCUGCGACGACGUCCUGCGCAGGGCCGCACAGGACGGCUCCAUGGACUAUGCGGUCUGGCCGGACCUGUUGCCCGUGCUGCUGGCUCGUAUCGAAAAUAUCGCGCGCACCGAGUUCCCCAUCCCCAACAUCCCUUCCCCCCACCCUCCUGCGCGCCCUCCUUCCCCGCGGUUCCUCGCCCCGCUCCCGUCGUCAGAUCCGUUCGAUACCUCCGACCAGGCAGAGCCAUCGCCGUCCUCGCAAGGGACUGACAAGGAAAAUGCCCACCCGUCAUCGCCCUCCGCUUCCAGGCAUGCAGCCCCCAGCACGAGCGCCUCGGCGGGAGGUCCGUCAUCCCAGCCAAGCGCGCCCGCUCCCCUGCCGAAGCCGAUCGCCGACAUGCUCGACGAGAUCCUGGCUGUCCUGCGCUCCAACUUCUCUCAAUACCCCCCUCACACAAUACAACGGCUGGCUGAGCUCGUUCUCCAACCGCGGCAGCACUACCGGAACGUGGUGCCUUACCUUCACGCACUUGAUCGUGUUGUUCACGUAACCAGCGGUGCCAACACCUAUCCGCUUCCGCCGGCCCUCCCCGAUAUCGGCGCCAUGUCGCUUCUGGCUAACGGUGCUGGCGGCGGCGCUGCAGGCAACUUGUCCGUCGACACCUUGGCGGCGAACAGUCUCGGGUCGGAUGAGGCGCUGGGGGGUGCUCUGCUGACGCCAAUUCCCUGGCUGGCGAGGAGCGCAAACGGAGGCAGCAGCGACGAUGGCAGCGACGUGGACAGCUCGUCGCCGCUGUCAGCAGGCGGGAACCCUGCCCAACAGUUCCAUCUUCAGCAGCAGGCACGUGGGGCCCAUCUCGAAGGCCGAGUGCAGACGGAGAGCACAGAGACCAUAGAAGGACCCAACGGGAUCGGCAGUAUCGAGACCGUUUCUGUGUCAGUCAAUGGCAUCCCGUCCACAGGUGCUGGGGCGGCCUUGCUCGGCCAGCGUAGCGUUACCCAGGGCGAGCUGUUGCGUCAGGAGCAGCGCGCCGGCUUGGUGCCACGGAACCAAAUCAAUCGGCAGCAGCAGCAACAACAACAACAGCGGCAUGCCGCAGAAUCUGGAACAAGUGGCGAUGCAGAUGACGACGCGGUCAUGAGCGAGAAUGUUCCUCAGGAGGAGGACGAGAUCCCGCAUGCGCGCGGACCGGAAGUGAUCGGCCUCGCCGAUACCGGCCCCCUGAGCGCGGCUGCCGCAAGCUACAUUGCGAGCGGCGGCAGCGGUGGUGGUGGCGGUCCGAAGAAUUUGCAGGGCAUGGAUGUUGAGGUUGCUGUUGGACAGAGGCUGCAGUCGCCUCCUGCGCAGCAGCAACCACAACAGGAGACCAACAAACGAACGAGCAGCAGCCCGGAUAUCGUCCCGCGCAGCCCCAAGCGCGAGGCGACGGGCAAUCUCGAACAGGAAUCCCCCAGGAAGCGACUCAAGGAAGAGGAGCCCGCCAGCUCAGCCAGCAAUGGCGGCGGGCAGGAUCAGAAUCAGGGACUCGCGCAGCUAGCAACUUCGCCCCCCUCCUCCGACACCCGCAGCACCACAACCAUCACCGCGACACCAGCCACCCACGGAGCUCAAGCCGGAGCGCCGGCGAAGCCCGACGCCGAAGGCGACGUCACCCUGCCCGACGCACAGCAACAGCCCGAACCCCCCGCCCCCGAUCCCUCCACAGGCGAGGCGACCACGCAAGGCGGCGACGGCGGCAACGAUGGCGACGAGACCACCAGCACGACGACCACCACCGCCCCCGUCAAAGGUGCCGAGGCCGCAGACAAGGCUGAUGGCGAGGGGGAGUCCACCGCCGAGCAGGACACGGCGGGCGCAACCACAACCACAAAAACAAGUUCUGCUCCCUCCACAGCUACUGUUACCACAACAGCGGCAGCGGCUGAUGGCGGGGCUGGCCCAGAACGCACAGGCGGCUAGGGCGGCUGGCUUCCGCCUUUCGGUGAUUUUCCGGGACAGGGCGCCUUUUUCGAAAUUCGCAUUGCUUCGUGUAGCUUGUUUACC